GAGCAGCCCCGGAGGAGCCCCGGAGGAGCCCCGUAUCCCCCCGUAUCCCCCCGUAUCCCCGCGCCACCAUGCCCUUGGCUUUCUGCGGCAACGAGAACAAUUCGACCGCCUACAAGGUGGACCAGGGCGUCCUGAACAACGGCUGCUUCGUGGACGCCCUCAACGUGGUCCCGCACGUCUUCCUGCUGUUCAUCACCUUCCCCAUCCUCUUCAUCGGCUGGGGCAGUCAGAGUUCGAAAGUUCACAUUCAUCACAGCACAUGGCUCCAUUUCCCUGGCCACAACCUACGCUGGAUACUGACCUUCAUCUUGCUGUUUGUCCUGGUGUGCGAGAUAGCCGAGGGCAUUCUGUCUGAUGGGGUGACCACCUCUCGCCAUCUGCACCUGUAUAUGCCAGCAGGAAUGGCCUUCCUGGCUGCCAUCACCUCCGUGGUCUACUAUCACAACAUUGAAACCUCCAAUUUUCCCAAGCUCCUGAUCGCCUUGCUGGUCUACUGGACCUUAGCCUUCAUCACCAAGACCAUCAAGUUUGUCAAGUUCUACGACAAUGCCAUCGGGCUGUCUCAGCUGCGCUUCUGCCUGACCGGGCUGCUGAUGGUUCUGUACGGGCUGCUGUUGGCCGUGGAGAUCAAUGUCAUCAGAGUCAGGAGAUACGUCUUCUUCAAACACCCGAAAGAGGUGAAGCCGCCUGAAGAUUUGCAAGACCUGGGCGUGCGAUUUCUCCAGCCCUUUGUCAACCUGCUGUCCAAAGGGACCUACUGGUGGAUGAACACGUUCAUCAAGACGGCCCACAAGAAGCCCAUCGACCUGAAAGCCAUCGGGAAGCUGCCCAUCGCCAUGAGGGCCCUCACCAACUACACGCUCCUCAAUGAGGUCUUCGAAGCACAUAAGAGCAAAGGGUCUCUGGACUGGCAGGGCUCCAAGGCCAUCUGGUGCGCCCUGGGCUGUGCCUUUGGGCGGCGCCUGGUCCUCAGCAGCACGUUCCGGAUCCUGGCCGACCUACUGGGCUUCGCCGGACCCCUGUGCAUCUUCGGGAUCGUCCACCACCUCGGGAAGGAAAACAAGAUCGUCCCGCCCCAGGUAAAAUUUCUUGGUGUCCCCUUUGUGUCAUCCCGAGAGUUUCUGGCCAAUGCUUACGUGUUAGCCAUUCUCCUGUUCCUGGCCCUCCUGUUGCAGAGAACCUUCCUGCAGGCAUCCUACUAUGUCGCCAUUGAAACUGGAAUUAACUUGAGAGGAGCAAUACAGGCCAAGAUUUACAACAAGAUCAUGCACCUGUCCACCUCCAACCUGUCCAUGGGGGAGAUGACGGCCGGUCAGAUCUGUAACCUCGUGGCCAUUGACACCAACCAGCUCAUGUGGUUCUUCUUCUUGUGCCCCAAUCUGUGGGCGAUGCCUGUGCAGAUCAUCGUGGGGGUGAUCCUCCUCUACUACAUCCUUGGGAUCAGUGCCCUGAUUGGAGCAGCUGUGAUCAUCGUUCUGGCCCCCGUGCAGUAUUUCGUAGCCACCAAACUCUCCCAGGCCCAGAGAAGCACGCUGGAGUAUUCCAACGAGCGGCUGAAGAAGACGAACGAAAUGCUGCGGGGUAUCAAGCUGCUCAAGCUGUACGCCUGGGAGAAUAUCUUCCGCGGCCGCGUGGAAGAGACGCGGAGGAUGGAGAUGACCAGCCUCAGAGCCUUCGCCAUCUACACCUCCAUCUCCAUUUUCAUGAAUGCUGCCAUACCCAUCGCUGCCGUCCUCAUAACCUUUGUGGGCCACGCCUGCUUCUUCAAAGGAGCUGACUUCUCCCCAGCUGUGGCCUUUGCCUCACUUUCCCUUUUCCACAUCCUGGUCACACCCCUGUUCCUGCUGUCCAGUGUGGUCCGGUCUACCGUCAAGGCUCUGGUCAGCGUGCAGAAGCUCAGCGAGUUCUUAGCAAGCGAAGAAAUCGGAGAUGGCCAGGAAGGGAGAGCUGAGCCUCCAGGCAGAGGGGUGGCCAGCAGGAACCAGGCCAUGCCCCUCAAGGUGGUUAACCGCAAACACCCGGCCCGUGAGGACUGGAAGAAUUACGUGGGCCACCUGCGGAGAUUGGCCAACAGCACAGACAGUGAGGACUGCUGUGUCCAGGUCACCGGUGGGUUUUUCACCUGGACCACCGACGGGGUUCCCACACUGUCCAACAUCGCCAUCCGGAUCCCCCAAGGGCAGCUGACGAUGAUCGUGGGGCAGGUUGGCUGCGGCAAGUCCUCACUACUCUUGGCCACACUGGGGGAGAUGCAGAAGAUUUCGGGGGACGUUUUGUGGAACAGCAGCUGUCCUGACAGCGAGGCCGGAGAGGAUGCCAGCCCAGAGAAGGAACCAGGAGCUGACAUGGACAUCAGGAAAAGAGGGCCUGUGGCCUAUGCCUCUCAGAAACCAUGGUUGCUGAAUGCCACUGUGGAAGAGAACAUCACAUUUGACAGCCCCUUCAACAAACAACGGUACAAGGCGGUCAUCGACGCCUGCUCUCUGCAGCCUGAUAUCGACAUCCUGCCCCAUGGAGACCAGACCCAGAUCGGGGAGCGGGGCAUCAACCUCUCGGGGGGCCAGCGCCAGCGUAUCAGUGUGGCCAGGGCUCUGUACCAGCACACCAAUGUCGUGUUCCUGGACGAUCCAUUCUCGGCUCUCGAUGUCCACCUGAGUGACCACCUGAUGCAGGCUGGGAUCCUCGAGAUGCUCCGAGAUGACAAGAGGACCGUGGUCUUAGUGACCCACAAGCUGCAGUACCUGCCUCAUGCAGAUUGGAUCAUUGCCAUGAAGGACGGCACCAUCCAGAGGGAGGGGACGCUCAAAGACAUCCAGAAAUCGGAGACGGAACUGUUUGAACACUGGAAGACUCUUAUGAACCGGCAGGACCAGGAGCUGAAGAAGGAGACCCAACCAGCAGUCAAAAGAUUCAAACCGACAGCCGACGGGGAGGAGGAAGAGAGGGCCUUUUGCAAAGAGACGAGCUCAGAGAGAAAGACCCUGGGAGAAUCAAAUGGCCUGCCCAGGUCCUUGCCCUCACGGAUUGGCUUCCUGCAAGACGAUGAGGAGGAGGAAGAAGAAGCGGCAGAGAGUGAAGAGGAGGACAACUUGUCAUCCGUGCUACAUCAGAGAGCCAAGAUGCCCUGGCGGGCCUGCGGUCAGUACCUGUCAGCCGCAGGGUUCCUACUGCUGUCCCUGCUGCUCCUGUCCCAGCUGCUCAAGCACUUGGCCCUGGUGGCCAUCGACUACUGGCUGGCCCAAUGGACGGCCAGCGAGACGAGCCAGGGCAAGGGCAACUGCUCCUUCGACCAGGAUCAGGAUUGCACCGUCGGGCAGACGGCCAACGCCCUGGUGUUCACGGUGCUCUGCAGCCUGGGCAUCGUUCUCUGUCUUGUCACGUCAAUCGCCGUGGAGUGGACGGGACUGAAGGUGGCCAAGGAGCUGCACCGCAGCCUGCUGAACCAGAUCAUCCUGGCACCCAUGAGGUUUUUUGAGACAACACCACUUGGGAGCAUCUUAAAUAGAUUCUCAUCUGAUUGCAACACGAUCGACCAGCAUAUUCCUGCCACGCUGGAGUGCCUCAGCCGUUCCACGUUACUGUGUGUGUCUGCUUUGGCUGUCAUCUCCUACGUCACUCCCAUCUUCCUCAUCGCCCUGGUGCCUCUGGCUAUCAUGUGCUAUUUCAUCCAGAAAUACUUCCGAGUGGCCUCCAGGGACUUGCAGCAGCUGGAUGACAGCACGCAACUCCCCCUGCUCGCUCACUUCUCAGAGACGGUGGAAGGCCUCACCACCAUCCGGGCUUUCAGGUACGAAGCUAGGUUCCGACAGAAGCUUCUGGAGUACACGGACUCCAACAACAUCGCUUCCCUCUUCCUCACGGCUGCCAAUCGCUGGCUGGAGGUCCGCAUGGAGUACAUCGGGGCUUGUGUGGUCCUCGUGGCCGCGGUGGCAUCUAUCACGUCCAUCAGCAACGAGCUGUCUACGGGACUGGUGGGCUUGGGCCUGACCUACGCACUCAUGGUGUCCAACUACCUGAACUGGAUGGUGAGGAACCUGGCUGACAUGGAGAUCCAGCUGGGAGCUGUGAAGAGGAUCAACGGCCUCCUGAAAACUGAGCCCGAGAACUAUGCUGGGUUGCUGGCACCAUCCCUGAUUCCCCAGAACUGGCCGGACCAAGGCAAGAUCCAGAUCCAGAAUCUGAGCGUCCGCUACGACAGCUCCCUCAAACCCGUCCUGAAGCACGUCAAUGCCCACAUCGCGCCCGGGCAAAAGGUUGGGAUCUGUGGCCGGACGGGCAGCGGGAAGUCCUCUUUCUCUCUUGCCUUCUUCCGGAUGGUGGACAUGUUUGAGGGCAGGAUCAUCAUCGAUGGCAUCGACAUCGCCAAACUGCCCCUGCAGACCCUGCGCUCCCGCCUGUCCAUCAUCCUCCAGGACCCCGUGCUCUUCAGCGGGACCAUUCGGUUUAACCUGGACCCGGAGAAGAAGUGCACAGACAGCAACCUGUGGGAGGCCCUGGAGAUCGCCCAGCUCAAACCCGUGGUGAAGGCCCUUCCUGGCGGGCUAGAUGCCACUGUGACGGAAGGAGGGGAGAAUUUCAGCCAGGGGCAGAGGCAGCUGUUUUGCCUGGCUCGGGCCUUCGUGCGAAAGACGAGCAUCUUCAUCAUGGACGAGGCCACGGCCUCCAUUGACAUGGCCACGGAAAACAUCCUACAGAAGGUGGUCAUGACAGCCUUUGCUGACCGCACGGUGGUCACCAUCGCGCAUCGGGUGCACACGAUCCUGAAUGCGGACCUGGUCAUCGUGAUGAAACGUGGCGUCAUCCUGGAGUACGACAAGCCUGAAGCCCUGCUGGGCCGCGAGGACAGCAUCUUCGCCUCCUUCGUCCGGGCUGACAAGUGACGGCAACCGUGGGCACCCUGAGCGUGCCAGGACUCCCAGCCCUCUGCCCACCCACAUACGCGCGCAUGCACGCACACAUACACACACACUCAGUUUUCUAAUUGUGUAAAUCGCCUGUAAAUAAAGAGAUUAUUUCGU